AUCCAGUUGAUUAGAUCGGACAGGCUGAAAUCCACGCCCCUUUCGACUGCAGAGGUUCUUGAGCAAAAUGAUUCCUUUUCUAAUAAAAUGUUCGCGUCAUGACAGCAUAGCACAGUUUACCGUUAUUACAUCUUAUAGUACAUAUAAUAAUGGACUUUCAUCAUCUUUAAGCGCUUGAGUCCCUUGCUGCCAGUAGCACAUAGGUGGAACGAGAGAGUUAGUGCUGAAUAUAGACAACACAGCAGACAGUAUUUAUACAUUUUUACAUUGCCUACUGUAUAACCUUUUUUAUUCUUCAAAAUGUCUGAAUCAGAUGACAUGAGUGAGCUUGGUUCUAUUAUUGAAAGGAUAACAAAAGACGAGGUUCCCAUUAAAAACAUUGAGCGGGAGCUGAUCUGCCCAGGGUGUAAGGAGCUCUUCACGCAUCCCCUGAUUCUGCCCUGUCAGCACAGUGUCUGUCACAAGUGUGUCAAAGAGGUGCUCCUUCUGACCCAUGAGGACUCCUUUACAGAUGCGGGCUCAGAAUGCUCCAAUUCGGGUAGCCCUCGCUCGCGCCUUUCAUCUCCCAGCAUUGACAGACUUGACCGUCUUGGUAGAUCAGCCUCACUGAGAAGGUCAUUUGGAAGGAGAGGUAGAAUUGGGUUCCAUUUAUUUAGUAGCUAUAGAUCAAGUACCCCUACUGGAAAGAAGCGCAACUCCCUGAUUCCUCGGGUUACCAACUUCCCCUGCCCGGGAUGCCAACAUGAUAUUGAUCUAGGGGAGCGUGGGAUCAGCGGACUCUUCCGAAACUUCACUUUGGAGAACAUUGUUGAGAGGUACAGGCAAGCAGCUAGGGCAGCUGUGGCGAUCAUGUGCAACCUGUGCAAGCCUCCUCCUGUCGAAGCCACCAAAAGCUGUAUGGACUGCAAGGCCAGCUACUGCAACGAGUGUUUCAAGAUGCACCAUCCCUGGGGGACCCCAAAAGCCCAGCAUGAGUAUGUGGGACCAACCACCAACUUUAGACCAAAGGUGUUGAUGUGCCCGGAACAUGAAAUGGAGAAAGUCAACAUGUACUGUGAAGUUUGCAGGAGGCCCGUUUGCCACCUUUGCAAACUUGGUGGUUCUCAUGCCAACCACAAAGUGACAUCUAUGAGCAGCGCCUACAAACUACUUAAGGAAAAACUAUCCAGGAGUAUCCAUUACCUCAUCAGUAAGGAGGACCAAGUGAAGACUCAGAUCUCCGAGCUGGAUGAAUUGAUUACUCAUACCCAGCAUAAUGGAGAAACAUCUACAAGGGAAGCCAAUCUUCAUUUUGAAACGCUCUUCAACAUCCUGGAAGAGAGGAAGACUGAGAUGCUCCGGACCAUUGAGGUGAACCAGACCACCCGUCUGGAGAAGCUGAAGAGUCAGAGGGAGGAGUACCAGGGCAUGCUGGAGAACAGCGGGCUGGUGGGCUACGCCCAGGAGGUGCUGAAAGAGACCGAUCAGUCCUGCUUCGUCCAGACUGCAAAGCAGCUGUACCCUAGAAUCCAGAAAGCCACAGAGGCUCUAAGGUCAUUCCACCCAGCUGCCGAUCCCUCCUUUGGUGAUUUUGCCGUUGAUGUUUCCAAGGAAGAAGUUCUCCUAAAGGAGUUGGGCUUCAGCAUUCCAGAUGUACCAGUUAUUGACCAAUCCCUGAGCCGUGUCUACAACGAAGGUCUGAUUUGCUGGCUGCUACCUGAAGAUUCCUCUCCAACUGACCAUUACAUCCUGGAGUACAAGAAGCUGGAUGACAAAGCAGAAACCACAUGGCUGGCCACUGAGAAAAUAUACGGCAACAGCAAAGUGGUCUGCGAUCUUGACACUAACAGCUUAUACAACUUCAGGGUGAAAAGCUGCAAGAAGUCUGUCUACAGUUCGUACAGUCAAGAGGUGGCUUUCCACACACCCCCUGCACCAGUUUUCAGUUUUCUCUUUGAUGAUAAGUGUGGCUUCAACACGGAGCACCUCAUCUUGAACAGACGGCAGUCUGUGGAGAGUGUGGCUGGCCUCUCCCUGCUGUUGGGCUCAGAGAGAAUCCAGAUGGGGAGCUACAUGUGUCUGGAUUACAUUAUCGGGGACACCGGCAUCGACAGAGGGAGUCACUUCUGGGUUUUCCGUGUGGAGCCCCACUCUUACUUGGUUAAAGUAGGAGUUGCUUCAGAUACUAAACUACAGGAAUGGUUCCACAACCCUAGAGACACCAGCAGUCCCAGGUAUGAUCAUGACAGUGGUCAUGACAGCGGCAGUGAAGAUACCUGCUAUGACAGCUCACAGCCUUUCACUCUGGUCACCAUAGGAAUGGGCAAGUUCAUCAUCCCCAAGGGCUCGACUGCCACCACCAGUGACUAUAGCAACCGUGUCCUGCCGACGCCACAACGUAUUGGUAUCUGUCUUGACUACGAGAAAGGGAGGGUUUACUUUUAUGAUGCAGACAACAUGAAAUGCCUUUGGGAGCGUCAGGUGGAUUGCACUGGCACUAUGUAUCCAGCUUUUGGCCUUAUGGGUAGUGGAGGAGUACAUCUUGAGGAAAUCAUCUUAGGCAAGCGUUUAGGAUAUACAGGAGACGCUCAGUAGUAACUUUAGUCACUACCACUCACCUUAUUGAGCAACAUUAGUAGUAAAAACAUACAACUCCAGUUCCCAAGCCGUUUAUUAUUACUUUGUUUUUAAUAGAUGUGCAAAAACAUUGUGACUUUAAGUAAUCUUUUUGUGGGGAAAAAAAGCAUGUUUUAGAUCUAUUUGGUGCUACAAAUUCUGCUGCUGUGACAUGUGUUAGCUAUAUAUAUGAUACCUAUUUAUGUCUAUUUCUUUUAUAACACUACAGUUUUAAGUGACACAAAAUCUAAAAUGCAGCUCAUUAAGUGUGAGGUCAGAACCACGUGCCUUUGGUUACAUUUUUACAAUGUUAUAAAGGGAACACUCCUCCUUCCUAUUUCUCAAAAAUGGAGAGCAACAAGAAUGAUGCCUUUAAAAAAUGGUUGCAAAUUAGCAAAUGGAGACAAAUCAAACCUUGAGUGAGGAAAGUACAUUGGUCUUUGUCUUCUAGGUAACAUCAGUAAUGAAGAAAAUGCCAGCACACUGAUUAUAAUGUAUUUACUAACACUAAAUUGAUGUCAAAUCCAUGUUUAUACUAAAUGUUAUAUCAUGGAUUCUCUCAUCCAAACAGAUAAAAGAUAAAGGGGAAGCUUUACUUGAAUACACACACACUUAAGAUAUGUAAAAUAAAAAUCUUUUGGCUUUAAGUAUAGGGACAACUAGACUAGUUUCAUUAGUAGCCUGAUCAAGUCUGUGGCAGUUAAAUCUACUACUUGAGACUUAAGGAAUACUGCAGAACACAAUGGAGUAUCCACUAUUGUGUCAUUCACAGCUAUAGCAAGAUCAUUUAUUUAUAUAUUGAUCUAUGGUCUUCCAAAACCUAAAAGAAUGGCAUAUCCGUGCAUCUCAGGGUAUUGUCCAUUUGUUGUCCAUUUCCAAUCUAAAUACACUAUUAAUCUAUAUGAUACUGGUAUGCAUCAAGCAUAGGAAUAGUAAGCCAUUUCUUUCUUAGGAAAGUAUUCAUGUGUGUUUUGGUGUGAGUGGGUAAAAAAGGUGAUCAUUUUAAGACUUUGAACAUUAGUACAAUAUGUCUUGUUUUAUUUUAAUAGCGGUGCUUCACAAUGUGGCCUAGGGGGCCACUCACUGCCUACCUCUUCUUUUGUUUUUUAACCGCUGUUAGAAACAAUGUACUUUUUAAUUGGUUUUUAUCAAAGCUAUUCGCUCUUUCAAUGCUGGAGGCUUGUGAUAAACUGAUUUUUAGCCUUUCUUUUAAGUAUAGUUUUAUACUUCGCAGUUCACUGAUAUCUUUGUAGAAACAUGCGCUCAUGAAGGCACUAGCCAAAAUGUAUGGCAACUUCACUUAUAACUUUUACCUUAACAUACGGGAUCAGUUGAUAUUUUAACCAUAUGUGGGCUGUCAGAGGGACCAAGCAUACACAACUUAAAAAGGGAAAAUGUUAUCCUUUGGUUACCUUGUCACUUCUGGACAAGCUGGGCAUGAUUUUAAAAUCUGAUGGUUUAAGGUGGGUGGGCUUACUAUUCACUAAACACUGACAUUUCAUAUCUGGUUAAAGCAGUAACCACGUGGUUUAAAGUUCACGUGAACUAUAGAUACACACAUACUCGGAAGUCUACCAUUGCUUUUAUUGUGUUUUUUUAUGGUUUGCUGUGUUUUUGUGGCAUUUAAGAACAGAAAAGAUGCCCAGAAAAGAUUUUCAGAACACUAAACAACAGUCAUACUCAUCUGGGCCAACAAGAGAACCAGAACAUAGCUGACAUAUUUAAGUCUUUUUUUUAUAUAUAGUAUAGUUGGAGAUUUCUGUAUUGCCACUGUAUUAGCUCUGGCAAUUUUAUACCAAAUCAGGGUUUCUUUUGUUUGUUUGUUUUCAUAUUUUAGUUUCACACUGUACAAGAUCAGGGGAACAAACUGGAUAUAUAAUUCUUUAGACAAAACAAUUAACCUUAUAAACAUAGUGUGCUUUGUGCAUGGCAUUUUCUUAGAGUUAUUUGAGAACUAUAUUUUGAAUCAACUUUUAGUGAGUUGAAAAUAAGUGUAUAUUUUGUGUGUGUGUGCGUGCUUUUUUUUUUUUUUACAGCUGCAAUAUUAUUAUUAUUUUUUUUUUUUAAGGGUGUUUGUUGUCUUUUGGGCCACCAGUUAGGUAAUACUCACCGAAAUAUUCAAAGGAUGUCAACAUUGUAUGUUUAUAACUUGUAAAGCUAGCACUUUAUAGCAUGUACUUCGCUAACCGCUGUGCAGGCCUUUGUGAAUUCUUGUGCAAUAUGGCCGAUAGACUGAUAUACUCUGUUAGUGUCUGUUAUACUGAACUAUAUAACGAGGAAAACAGUUGUGUAAAAGCUUUAACAAAAAUGAGCCUUGUCUGUAAAACUGAUACAGUUUGGAUUUCUUACUGUAAAAAAAACAACAAAAAAAACUGUUACUCAUUUUUGCAUAAUUUAUGGUUUGGGGUUUUUAUAAAAAAAUAAAAAAAACUACAUGCUGUA